AUAGUGACAUUGUUUUUUAUACAAUACGUAUAUGAGUUGGUAGCAUUGUUUGAUUACACUGUUUUAAACUUAAAAUUCCAAAUAAACGUAUUUAUCUUAAGUAGAACUGAUUGUUUGGGAAUGUUUCCGUCUUAAUUUUUUAAUUCAUAUAAUUUAAAUUAUAAUAAAUAAAUUAACCUGUUUAUGAAGCUAAUGCAAAAGAUUAGUUAUGGACUCUGCUAUUACUAUUGGUGGCUAUAUAGUUCCAAACGAAGUGAACAGUGAAUUUUAUAAUACGACGCCUGCGACAAUGGAACAAGAUUCUGAAAUAAAUAGGAUUUGUAAAGAAAUAUCAUAUUCUACAGAAACCAUUAAACCAAAUGAUGUAUAUAGUGUUUUGAUAGAUAAUGUAUACGACCCUUCUAAGUUUUGGUUAAUCUUGCACGUAAAGGAAAGACAACUAUUUGAACAAUAUAUAACUAAUUAUUAUAAAGAGAAGAAAAUUCUAAUGACGGAGAAUCAUAUAAAAAUGUAUGCAACCUGCAUAGUGUGUAUAGAUUCUGUAUAUUAUCGUGCAAUUGUUUUACCUACACUUCUACAAAAUAAAGCAAAAUUACGUGUCUUUUUAAUAGAUUAUGGCCAGUGUGUGAAUAUUGCAUUAGAUAAUAUAUUUUAUAUUUUUAAGAAACAUAGAACUGUACCUAGAUUUGCUAUAAGAGGAGCAUUAGCAGAUGUAGUACCAAUAAAUCGUCAUGAACCAUGGACUCGAGCAGAUCUAUAUGAAUUUUCAUUGUUAAUAUCAGAAAAACAACUCUUAGCGAAAAUAAUAGAAAUAGAUUCCCAAGAAAAAGUGUUGCACAUAGCUUUGUUCAGCGUUAACAAAUCUGCAGUUGUUUCCAUAAACAAAAAGUUGAUUGAAAAUGGUAUAGCUACGCACGGAACGUGGAUUUACAAUUCUAACUAUAAAAUAAGCAAAUAUAGAAGGAAAAUCAAAUACAUGCAUUUGAUUCCUACUUUUCACGCUAUCGAAACUGGUAUGGUGCCAUCAUCUUUAUGGGAACAAAGUUUAAUCAAAGAAGUACCAUUGGAUUUAUUACAGAGACCUUAUUAUGAAUACCAGAAUAUUAAUUGCAGUAUUUUUGAUAGUUAGCAAUAAAAGGGAUCCAUGUAACUUACUGAAGAGAGAUUUUAAUAUACUGUAAAAAAAAUAUAAACUCCACUUAUGAAA